AUGGCCAUCAGACCUGCGCUAUGGCUGGGCCCUUCCCUCCUGGUUUCCCUCUGGGGACUCUCAUUUCCAGCUUUGCUUCUUAGGCGCCUGAGAGAACACACUCAGAGAUUUCAAGAGAGCUCCAGCCUGAGUAUAGGCCUAGAAGGGAGCCUGGGUGCUGAGCCCAUGCCCAAAGUAGGGUGGCUGGAGCAACCACUGGACCCCUUCAAUGUAUCUGACACCCGCUCCUUCCUGCAGCGUUACUGGGUAAAUGACCAACACAGGACUGGUCAGGAUGGACCUGUAUUCCUGCAUCUAGGGGGAGAGGGCAGCCUUGGACCAAGCUCGGUGAUGACAGGGCAUCCUGCAGCCCUGGCACCUGCCUUGGGGGCUCUGGUGAUAAGCCUGGAACACAGAUUUUAUGGUCUGAGCAUACCUACCGGAGGCCUCAGUAUGGUCCAGCUUCGCUACUUGUCCAGUCGUCAUGCGCUGGCUGACGUGGUCUCUGCCCACCGGGCCCUCUCCCGCCUUUUCAACAUCUCCUCCUCCAGCCCUUGGAUCUGUUUUGGAGGCUCCUAUGCCGGCUCUUUGGCAGCCUGGACCCGACUGAAGUUUCCCCAUCUCAUUUUCGCUGCGGUCGCCUCUUCUGCCCCGGUGCUGGCAGUGUUGGAUUUCUCGGAAUAUAACGAUGUGGUGUCCCGAAGCCUAAUGAAUACAGCAAUUGGAGGGUCGCUGGAGUGCGGGGCGGCGGUAGCCGCGGCCUUCGCAGAGGUGGAGCGGCGGCUGCGCGCGGGCGGGGCGGCUCAGCGGGCGCUGGGGGCGGAGCUGGGGGCCUGCGGACCCCUGGGCCGCACUGAAGACCAGGCCGAGCUUCUAGGGGCGCUGCAGGCCCUAGUUGGAGGCACCGUGCAAUACGACGGGCAGGCGGGUGCGCCUCUAAGCGUGCGACGACUCUGCGGGCUCCUUCGAGGCCGGGGCAACCACAGUUACCCUACGCCCUACUGGGGACUUCGAGGGGCAGUGCGAAUUGUCUUGCACAGUCUGGGCCAGAAGUGUUUAAGCUUUUCUCGAUCAGAGACGGUGGCACAGCUAAGAGCUACAGAACCUCAAGUAUCUGGCCUGGGUGACCGGCAGUGGCUGUACCAAACAUGUACUGAGUUCGGCUUCUAUGUCACUUGUGAGGACCGUAAAUGUCCUUUCUCUCAGCUCCCAGCACUGCCCUCCCAGGUAGAUCUAUGUGAACAAGUAUUUGGGCUCUUAGCCUCAUCUGUAGCCCAGGCGGUGGCUCAGACAAACUCCUACUAUGGCGGUCAGACCCCUGGUGCCAGCAGAGUGCUAUUUGUUAAUGGGGACACAGACCCUUGGCAUGUACUAAGUGUAACACAGACCUUAGGACCCUCAGAGUUAGCUCUUCUCAUCCCUAAUGCCUCUCACUGUUUGGACAUGGCACCUGAGAGGUCUUCAGACUCUCCCAGCCUCCGCCUAGGGCGCCAGAGAAUCAUCCAGCAGCUGCAGACCUGGAUCAGACAGGAAAGGCAGGUCGGGAAUGAGGUGUGA